UCGAACACAGCAUGGCACGGGAGUGGCAGCAGCAGCAAUAACAGCAAGGGACAACCAGCAAGGGCGAAUCAACCGAGCGCUUUUUCCAGACAGGCACAGCAAUGGUGGCAUGGCAUGGGAGGGACUACAGGCGAGGUCAAGUCAAUCGGGUCGUCUUGUAACG